UCUUAUGGAUUCAAUCAAUACGUUCGUCGCGCAGUGUAAAGAUAAACUGAGUUUUGACUUUCUUUGGGGGAAAACGAACAAAAACAGACAUAUGAAGAUGCCAAGGUCUCGGUAUGAUCGCUCUCGGUCACGAUCAGAGAGCAGUGAGAUGGAAAUCAGACGGAAAAAGAGGAAAUAUGAGGAAGAUUGCUGGGAUAAAAGACACUCAAGCCGUGAGCGCCGAAAACUUCGUCGUAGAGAUCGUUCCUAUGAACGCUAUGACUACAGAUCACGAUCAUGCAGUAAUGAUUCAAGAAAGCACAGAUCACGUCAUAACAGACACGGGUCCAGAUCUAGAUCCAGAUCUCGUAGCUACAGACCAGAGCGAAGUCGGGACCACUACAGCCGUCGGGAAAGAGACAGCGACCUCAGCAGCCAUUUUCAGUCCCGACAGAGCAGUCGCAGUCGACAUAACAGCCGCAGUCAUUACGCCAGCUCAGAGUACCAACAGACCACGCAUAGUCGUCAGAACAGUCGCAGUUCCAGCCGACGCCGACACAAACACAGGAAACACAAGAGGCGGAGCUACAGACAUCGACGACGCAGUUCGUAUGGUUCUAGUGAAAGUCCGGGUCGGGAAAGUGCGGAUAAGGGUCUGAAAGUGAGAGAUGAUGAAGAUGGACACCUGAUAUAUGCAGAGGGCGACGUACUGCAAGCUAGAUAUGAGGUGGUGUCUACUCUUGGCGAGGGAACAUUUGGGAAGGUCAUUGAAGUGAUAGAUAAACAAAGGGAUGGCCAACAUGUUGCUUUGAAAAUCAUCAAAAAUGUAGAGAAAUACCGUGAUGCUGCCAAACUAGAGAUCAUUGUCCUAGAAAAACUUCGGGAAAAAGACCCAGAAGGAAAAAAACUAUGUGUUCAGAUGUUAGACUGGUUUGACUACCAUGGCCACAUGUGUCUUUCCUUCAACAUGCUGGGCCUCAGUGUCUUUGACUUCUUGAAAGACAACAACUAUAUUCCAUAUGACUUGGAUCAAGUCCGCCAUAUAUCAUAUCAACUGUGCUACGCAGUACAAUUUCUUCAUGAAAAUCACCUCACCCACACAGACUUAAAGCCAGAAAACAUUCUUUUUGCCAGCUCAGACUAUGAUGUCACGUAUAAUGCAAAAAAGAAGCGAGACGAGCGACAUGUCAAAAGUACAGACAUACAGCUGAUAGACUUCGGUUCAGCCACCUUCGACCAUGAGCACCACAGUACUAUUGUCUCCACGCGACAUUACCGGGCACCGGAGGUUAUACUCGAGCUGGGCUGGUCACAACCCUGUGAUGUAUGGAGUAUAGGCUGCAUCAUGUUUGAGCUCUAUACUGGAUACACUCUCUUCCAAACCCAUGAUAACAAGGAACACCUAGCCAUGAUGGAAAGGAUUCUUGGAUCUCUGCCAUACAGGAUGACUAAGAAAACAAAAACAAAUUAUUUCUGGCAUGGUCGGUUAGAAUGGGAUCCGACCACGUCUUCCGGCAGAUACGUGCGGGAAAAUUGCCGUCCCCUCUAUCGCUACAUGAAAGACCCCAACAGUACCGAUCACCAGGAGCUGUUUGAUCUGAUUGAUAAGCUACUAAUGUACGAGCCCUCGGAGCGUCUUACGUUUAAGCAGGCGCUUAGGCACCCGUUUCUAGCUCCGUACUACGUCUCCGAGCGAGAUCGCUCCAGUCUCCUUGAUAAUGGGGCACCUAGCAACGGUUACCGCUGACAACCGCUUCCAUAGCUUAGUCGUUAUGAGUCUCUGAGCACUGUUUUUAUUUGUUGUGUACAAUUUGUAUUAGGAGAAACAUUUUUUUGUUAUAAGCAUAGGUGCCAUUAUUUUUGAUAUACCUCUGCUUAACAAAUUAACCAUUCAUUCAGUGUUUCAUUUUUUAUCUGAGUGAAAAUGUACAAAUUAAUAACAUUGAUAGCGUACAAAAUAAACUUGUUAAUGAUUUCACAUAGUGCUGAAAAUAUCUUUUACAGGUAAUUCACUGUCAAAAAGGCAGUAUGUAGUAUAAACAAAUGCAUACUUUCAUUGAGUUGCACUUUUAUGAAGGAUUUUACUUGUGUACAAAGACUUUUAUGACGUAGCAAACCGACUUGAGAUACAGGGUCUUAUUUCUGUGUGUUAUUGUGUGCAGUAUAAUAUCAUUGUAUUCAGCAUUUCAUUCUAAUGGAACUACAUGAUCCUGUUUUUUCUGUAUAUGUAUUUCAAGCAGUUAUCGAAACUAGACUUUUGGAUGAGCUAGCCCGAUUUCUUAUUUUGGGUAAGCUAGCCCGAUUUCUUAUUUUGGGUAAGCUAGCCCGAUUUCUUAUUUUGGAUGAGCUAGCCCGAUUUCUUAUUUUGGAUGAGCUAGCCCGAUUUCUUAUUUAACUAUUUGGCUUAAACAAUUGUAACAAGCUGUGCUUUAUAAAAUGCAGAAUUCAAACAAGCCCUUAAAAAUAUUGACAGCCCAAUGUUUGUGCGCAUAUGCUUAUUUCGAUCAUUUUAAUUUUGAUUAAUGAUCAUAGAGAUCUAUUGUUACUGCGCCAAAUGAAAUUGUCUGUAGCGAUGCCUAAUUGUUUUGUUCAAGGUUGUUUGUCUAAGGUUUAACAGUGAAUUGAUAGGUUAUCCAACCAUGUGUUAUUAUUUCUUAGCUUGUCUGUUAUUCAAAGAAAAAAAUUGAUGGUAUUGUCAUAGCCUAAGGUCCUUGGGUCGGCGUCGACAUGCAGACAGUUUACCCUUGGCUAUAGUUCAAAAAGACGUUCAGAUAUUCAGGAACAACUUGUUUCAAAUGUUGCCAUUGACAAUUCAAACAUCAAAAGCAAGACCCAUAACUCCGGCUUUAAUGAUUGUUGAGUUAUGCCCCUUGUUUUUACUAAAAUUAUGUUUACAAAUUAAACUGCUUUGAUUGGUCGCUGAAGUAAGUUAUUUACAGCUGGCGCUUGGUUUAUUGUCAGAAUUAUUCAAAGUAUGCUCAUAAAUGUUUUCCAUACAAAAAGUAUUCAACUGAAGUGAUAAUUCGAGUUGAAUUAUGUCUGAGCAAGUUAAACUAAAAACAGUUUACCUCUUUGAGUUAUGGUGCUGAUUUUAAACUAGUUGGAAUUGUACAUGUAUAUGUAAAACUGUUUCAUUCUUACUUACAUUUUCAAAUUCUUUCAAAAUGUCAUUGUUAUGACUUAUCUUUCUUAAAAAUCUUGUGAACACUAUUUAUGCACUUUUUAUGUCUUUAUAUAUAACUGUUGGGGGCUUGUAUUAAUCUAAAUUGUUCUAUGCACUGUUUUGACAGAGCUGACUUAAAAGUAAAACAUGUGUACUGUUUUGAUGGCAUUGAUGAAAGAAAAUAAUGAAAAAAACAUAAAUUUUUAAAUAAGAUUUCAUCAUUCAGAUUUUGUGUUUUUAUACCGUCCGGUUGUCAUAAGUUUCUCAUGUUUUAUUUCUUGUCUUCUUAAGAUUGUUAUUGUCAAAACCCGUUGACUCGAUAUUUGGGAGGCUCAGUAUUUUGGCAGGUCCCUGGGAUAUAGAGUCAACACGUUUCUACUGUAUAAAUAUAUAAACAUGUUGAUGUAUGAUUGGAACUUUGUGCAUAUGACGGAGUGAAUGGGAAAGGGUUCCAUCUUCUUCUCCAUCGAGGCCAGUAUGGGCACCUUUCUGCCUUCAUAGAAUUAAAGACUUAAGUCUGUCAAUGUUUUCUUUAGUUUUGAUUGAAACUUAAAAUAACAUUUUCACCUUCAUCCUCAGUAUAUUUAAACCAAUUCUCAUCCAUUUCCACAACUGUAAUUUCGCUUUUAAGUGAACACACAAUGGCAAAUAAACCCCCCAAUUUUAAUCUGCUCAAGGUCUUUAAAAAAAGCUAUUAUCAUGACCAAGGGACACAUUAAUUAGUGAGCGACUGUUGUUGUUUUUUACACAAUAUUGAACAUUAAUGUGGUACAUAACCUUUUACUUAUAAUGAAAUGCCCUAAAGAGAAGAGAAAAUUCCUGGGAAAAACAUAUACCAAACCAGAACUGCAAUUCAUGUAAGGUUAUUGUUGCUGUUUUAUUUUGUUUUACACUACUGUUAAUUUCAUUGCCUAUUGUCUAUGUAUGCCAAGGACUGUAUUAUAUGUAAAUAAUUGUAUAGAAAAUAACUCACCUUUUUAUUUAAUAUAUAUAAGUGCAAUUGAAUAUUAUUGAUAAAACGUAAGAAUGAUGAAACCAUGCUGAUGUGAUUUGUAUGUGUUUUGUAUGUGGUUGUGAAGAUGAGUAUCACUUUUUAAGACCCUUGAUAACUUACAAUAAACUUAAAAAAAUAUUUUCCAAACAUGAUAAAUAUUCUGGAGUAAAUAACAUUACCAAAGCAAUAUUUCAUGUUUUGUGAGAAGAAUAUUCCUGUAUAUUCUUGUCAAUUUGAAAAAAAAAUAGUAAGCAGUUAAUAUGAAUUUAAAAAAAUAAAAUUAUAAUGACUUGAAUAUCUAUCAUAUAAUGUUUGUUCAAUUGUUUCCUUAUUUAAGUAUAUUAUUGUUGAUUGAAACUUGUUUUGAAUUAAAAGAUCUUUCAGAUUAUGAUUUGAAUUAUUGCUUCCCAAGCUUUAGAACGCAAAUGUGUGCUAUGAAAGAUUGAAUGUUUAUCUGUAAAUAUUCUGUAUUAUACAGCUGUAGUUUUAUUGUUUUUGUGUUCAGAUAACGCUUGUUCCUCAAUAUAAUGUGUGUGAAAUUCCCUUGGAUUUGAGAAAAAAUGUUUUUAGAGAAAGUGUUUCGUUUAUAUGAUAAUUCUGUCAAGCCAUUACUUGUGAAAUAGCUUGAUUUAAAGAGCGAACUUGUGUUAUUCUAGUGUUAUCACUAGUUUUUGUCUUAGAAUAAUUGAACUACUAUUAAUUGUCAAGUCAAUGUAUUUUUCCCCUGUUGGUAAAGCUUGUUCGUUUGAUAUGGUAUAAAGAUCACGUUUCAACCUUUCAUCUAGUGAGUGUACUGUCAUGUUAUACGAAAUUUGCAGAUUUUGUUCAUUUAAACUAUGCUCUUGAGUAAAAAAUAUUAUUGGAAAA